UGUUUCAAAAUGUAAGGUUAUGUCAUUUGUCAAAUUAAAAUUUUUAACAAAAUAAUGAAAAUUCACUGAUAUCAAUACACAAGUUUGUGGUUUCGUUUUGUGGCGCGAAUUAUUAUUAUGUUGUGAUCCUAAUCAGCUCAAGGACUGAUAACCUAACCCACAUUUAUUGGCAUUCAUUAGAUAGUUUAGAAUGGUGAUAGCACUCGAGACAUCAUGAGCGAUCUAAUCCAAUUCAUUAAUUGUAAAAUCUUGCGAGACCAUAAAAUCAUCAAGGAGGAUUUGUGGGUGCGAAAUGGUAAAAUCAUAAAUCCGGAAAGAAUCUUUUUCGACGAGAAAAUCCAAGCAUCGAGGAAAAUCGACUGCAAUGGCCUUAUUAUAGCCCCAGGAUUCAUCGAACUGCAAAUUAAUGGGGGCUUUGGGCACGACUUCUCCUUCAAUACUGAAAACCUAGAAAAGGGGCUCAAUCUCGUAUCUAAGAAUCUUCUAUCACAUGGCGUAACGGCCUAUUGCCCCACUCUAGUAACCUCCCCGAGGGAAAUUUACCACAAAAUCGUGCCCAAAAUCAGAAAGAGUCAAGGCGGGGUUCAUGGGGCCACAAUUCUGGGCGUGCACACCGAAGGGCCGUUCAUCAACGUGGAAAAGAAGGGGGCGCACCCCCCGAAUUGUAUCAAAGGAUUUGAUAAAGGCUUACAAAGCGUCGAAGACAUGUACGGAAACUUGGACAAUAUUAAAAUAAUCACCUUGGCCCCCGAACUGACAAAUGCUGACGAAGUAAUCAGGAAAUUGUCACAAAAAGGAAUCGUGGUUUCCGUUGGACAUUCCAUGGCGAAUUUAUCAGAGGGUGAAAAAGCGAUCAAUUGUGGGGCUUCCCUCAUAACCCAUCUCUUCAACGCAAUGCUUCCUUUCCACCACCGCGACCCAGGCCUUGUGGGGCUCCUAACGUCCAAGAAAAUCCCCCCCGGGAAGACAGUUUAUUUCGGGAUCAUCGCCGAUGGGGUCCACACACACCCUGCAGCCCUACGAAUCGCCCACAGAGUCCACCCCGAAGGCCUAGUUCUAGUAACAGACGCAAUUGCAGCCCUAGGGCUCGCUGAGGGGAACUACAAUCUAGGCCAAUUCGAGAUUGAAGUCCGAAAUGGAAGGGCUUACAUCGCCAAAACUGACACUUUAUGUGGGAGCAUAGCCUCGAUGAUAGAGUGUGUCAGGUCGUUUUUGACAUCAACAGGUUGUUCAGUUGAGUAUGCGUUAGAAGCGGCCAGUUUGCAUCCAGCUAAGGCCCUAGGUAUUGAAAGUGUCAAAGGGACGUUGAAUUUCGGAGCCGACGCUGAUUUUAUUAUGUUGGAUGAGAAACUUGAGCUAAAAUCGACGUGGAUUGCCGGAGAGAAGGUUUACAGCAAGUGAAAUGAUCCCAAAACGAAACUGUGUCUUAAAAAUGACUCUUUUGUAUUUUAAUAAAGUUUUAUUGAACUGUU